AUGGCUAAGUCAACUAUCACUCUCGCUUCUGGCAAAGAAAUGCCUCUUGUGGGCUUCGGUCUAUGGAAGGUUCCCAAAGAGACAGCCGCAGAUACCGUUUAUAAUGCCAUCAAAGCCGGCUACAGACUAUUCGACGGAGCAUACGACUACCAAAACGAAAAAGAAGCAGGCGAAGGCAUUCAGCGCGCCAUCACCAAUGGUCUCGUAACCCGCUCCGAGAUCUUCAUCACAACAAAGCUAUGGAACAAUUACCACCGGCGCGAGCACGCCAUCGAAAUGGCAAAGCGCCAAAGCGACGCCUGGGGCUUGGGCUACAUCGACCUAUUCCUAAUGCACUUCCCCUGCGCGCUGAAGUACAUCGACCCCGCCACCAGACAGUACCCGGCCUGGUGGAUAGACGACAGCGGCACCGUCGCCCCGGACAAUGUUCCGAUCCGCGAGACCUGGGAGGCGAUGGAGUCGCUCGUCGACGACGGCAUCGCGUGCAGCAUCGGCGUAAGCAACUUCCAGGCGCAGAGCCUGUAUGACAUCAAGACGUAUGCGCGCCACCCACUGUCUGCGCUACAGAUCGAGCACCAUCCCUACCUUGCGCAGCCGGAGCUUGUCCAGAUGGCGCAGGAGAACGGCAUUGCUGUCACUGCUUACUCGAGCUUUGGGCCGCAGUCUUUCGUGGAGCUGCCGCCUGCGUUUUCGAAGAGAGCGCGCGGUAUCCCGCUGCUUUUUGAUGCGGAGCCGGUCAGGGCUGUUGCAGGGAAGUAUGGGGUUUCUCCUGCGAGGGUCUUGUUGCGGUGGGCGACUCAGAGGAAUAUUGCUGUCAUUCCCAAGUCAAACAAUCAGACUCGGCUUGCGGAGAAUUUGGAUGUUUUGGGCUUUGACUUGACGACUGAGGAGAUUGAGGCUAUCACGGCUUUGGAUCGUGGUUUGCGGUUCAAUGAUCCUGGAUUUUACCUGCCUGACUAUCCACUUCGCAUUUUUGCCUAG